GAACUGCAUUUAUGUUCAGAGACAACAUUAUUCUCAAAGAAGGUGAAAAAUGAUGGCUCACAUCACAGAAAACGCCAGUCGUGCCGUUGAAUUGAUCCAGUGCCGUCGCUCGCUGCGCAGGGAGUUCUGACGCGUUCAUUCCCCUCACGAGCGGCAUUAAUACUACAUUUAAAAUAUACGGAGAUGGACCUUCUCUGGAUUACUUCUGACGCUGUUUGGAAACUAUUAUGAAUGGGAGUUCAUUGUCACCAAUUGAAUGACCUGCUGAUUCCUUCGCUCGGCAAUCUUCGGAUGCUUUUCUUCGAGCAACUUCACCAAAGAGCUUUCAGUCAGAAUUAAAGCUGAUACUCUAAACUCGCAUAUUAAUGAACACAACCGGGGGGAAAUAACGCAAGCAAAUGAUGCAUUUCACAGUUCGUAUGUUGUUAAACAGUCGGCGUGAAAAAUGAUUUCUGUAAAUAGCGAGUGCAUAACUAUGACGAGAAGAUGCCUGCUGACGUUCAAACCGUUCAGGAUAUUUGUGGCGGGGAUCGGUUUCUUCAGUCUGUGCUUCUUAAUGACCUCUCUGGGGGGGCAGUUCUCAGCCAAGCGACUGGCCGAUUCCCCUUUCAGCAUCCGAACCGAAGUAUUGGGUGGUCUCGAGUCUCGCGGUGUCCUGAGGAAGAUCAGUGAUAUGUUGGAGAUAAUCAUGAAGAGGAUCGACACCCUGUCAAAAAUGAGCAACAGCAGCGAGUCCCACAGACUGGAGGAGUUGAGCUCUGCUCUCCACAGAUUCCAGCCCGUAGGUCUGGUGGAGCGAAUCCAGGCCAUCGCCCAGAAUGUGUCCGACAUGGCUAUACGAAUGGAGCAGAUUCUGAAGAAGACUAACAUCCCCACCAGAGGCCGAGAUGGAGUUACAGGCCAGUGCGAAGUCCCAAAGGAUCCCAGGUACCCGGAUUGCGCCAGUAAAGUGGAUUGGAUGAGAGCCAGGUGGACAUCGGACCCUUGCUACGCCUUUUAUGGAGUAGACGGCUCCGACUGCUCUUUCCUCAUCUACCUCAGUGAAGUCGAGUGGUUCUGCCCCCCGCUGGCCUGGAGGAAUCAAAGCAGCCACCCCACAACCAGCAGCCUGCCAAAAAGACAGGCGUUUUUCCGCUCCAAUCUGUCUCUACUGUUAGAGCGUGUUGGCUCGGGCAAAGAAUCGCUAAGCUUCAUGAGGAGGCGUAUGCGCAGAUUGGCUGUGCAGUGGGCUGCAGCUGCACGCAGACUUGACGAGCACCUGCGUGGUUACUACAGAGAGCAGAAGAGGAUCCUUGUGCAUGUGGGCUUUCUGACAGAGGAAUCCGGUGAUGUGUUCAGUCCUAAAGUGUUGAAGGGUGGCCCGCUCGGAGAGAUGGUCCAAUGGGCAGACAUCCUCACCACCCUUCAUGUGCUAGGUCAUAACCUCAAGAUAUCACUCUCAGUCAAAGAACUGCAAGGGUGCCACAUCCGUGUGAUCGACACCUUUGGCACGGAGCCAGCAUACAAUAAUGAGGAGUACGCCACACUGAACGGCUACAGAACCAACUGGGGCUACUGGAACCUCAACUGCAAACAAUACAUGACCAUGUUCCCACACACUCCUGAUAACUCUUUCAUGGGUUUUGUGACCGAGGAACUAAACCAGACUGAAAGAUUGAUGAUACAGAGGGACAAAGUCAACAACAUGGCUGUGGUUUACGGCAAAGAGGCCAGUAUGUGGAAGGGUAAGGAGAAGCUGCUCAGCAUCUUACACCGUUACAUGGACAUCCACGGGACAGUGUACUAUGAAGCCCAGCGGCCCCCUGAGGUGCCCGCAUUCGUCAGGAACCACGGCAUACUGCCCCAACAGGAGCUACAGCAGCUUCUGAGGAAGGCUAAGCUCUUCUUGGGGUUUGGCUUUCCCUAUGAAGGUCCCGCCCCUUUAGAGGCAAUAGCCAAUGGCUGCGUGUUCCUGCAGCCAAAGUUCAGCCCCCCUCGCAGCUCCCUCAACCAUGAGUUCUUCAGAGGGAAGCCCACAUCCAGAGAGGUGUCAUCUCAGCACCCGUACACUGAACAGUACAUCGGCAAACCCCACGUCAUAACAGUAGACUUCAACAACUCUCAAGAAUUCGAGACAGCUGUUCAAGAUAUUCUCAAAGACAAG